AAUGAACACAUGUCAGCAGAUCGCUUGCACCAGCUGUAUGUUCUGACUACAGAAUGGCCGUAAUGUUGGAAUUCAUACAUUUUUAAUAAAAAGCGGCAAGAAAAUUGUUAAAAGAGUAUAUAAACAAAGGAAAAUGCCAUUCGGCAGCUGAGUUGGCCGGAAAGUGUUGGAAAAACAUAUUUGUCGUUAAUAGUAAAGUUAUGUUCCCGAAGGCUUUAUUUAAUAAAUUUUUGUAUUAUACCGUCAUUCCAGCAACAUAAACCAGCCCACCGUUUGUGUUACCUACAGAGCAUGCUUGCCCGUUUAUACCGUUUACUUUGGCAUAUAUUCUACCUGUAUGUAUGCAUACGAAAUAUAUUAAAGAAUGUAAAAUUGCGACUGCAGGCUUUGACGUUGUGGUCAUAUGACUUUUGCAGAAGUCAAGUGUCAAUUGAACGACGAAAUUACUUGUUUUUCCAAAAGCAUAAAACGAAGCUUACUAAAUUACCAACGCACUUAAAUAUAAUAAUAGGUCCUGAAAAUCGUGAUGUUAACGAAAAGGUGCUAACGCGAAUUUUUAAAUAUGCGCUACAAAUGAAUAUAAGUUACAUCAGCUUUUAUGACACGCGACCCAUUGAUGCAGGUCAUGUGAAUAUGAGAAAAAUAGACACGCCGAAGCAUAUACAUAGUGAGGAACUACAUAAACAUCACUUAAAGUGGACAGUAUUAGAUCCUAAUGCGCACGUAAACGGCACAACCUUGAAUGGGAAAAUUGUGCUGAAUGGCAGUGCCAAACAUAAAUUAUCAAAUGGUGCAAUAAAUGGCAAAAGCAAUGGUGUUCACAAACCACAAAGGAUGACAGGACAUACUAUUGAGAUCUUUAAAAUAACAGACUAUGCAGGCCGUAAUCUUUUGACUGAGGUGUGUCGAGAUCUUUUUAAAAUACGACAUACACAAGAAAUACAAGAACUGUUAAAAGAUCGGAAUAGUUUAAUGGAUCGUAUUAAUAUCGAACUGUCCAAGCGUAUGCAUGGCUUGCCAGAUCCUGAAUUAAGUUUAGUAUUUAAUGAGCACACGUGUAGUUACGGCAUGAUGCCUUGGCAAACACGCUUCACAGAAUUCCAUACACUAAAUAGUCGGCAAUAUUUUAAUGAAAGCGCAUUCAUGAAUGUGCUCUAUAGAUACUCCCGAUGUGAGCAGCGGUGGGGUAAAUAGUUGUUUAGGUACCAAAUUUUGCAAGUAUUGCAAAUGGGUGAACAAAGUUAUUUAGGAGUAAUACAUAAUUAUAGUUAAUAUUUAAUUACCUUUUAUUAUU